AUGAAAUUGGCAAAGACCGCCAAAGGCCUUCUCAAGGGCCUGGCACCAAAACAGAGCGAGCAGAAGACAACAAAGAACUCAAAGACCUCAAAGACGUCGCAGACCCCCAACACUUCACGCACUCCCAGACAUGUUGUUCUGAGCCCCCCCGACCCGAGAAAUAGACCCCUUCGAGAAGCUGCGCGUCGUGCUGCGGAGGCACAGCGGGCCGCGACAGGGAAGGCUGCAGUCAUCCCGGGCAAGAGGCCGAGACACGACAUGGGACAUCCUGCCACCGCCAUUGCCAUCCACGAGGACGAAGACGUCUCCCUCCGCGAGACACGUCGAUUGGACAAGUCCGCCACGAAAGAGAUGGUUCCCCCACACUCUGAGGAAGAAGACUCUGUCGAGGGCUCCUGCUACUCUGAAGAGUCGGAGGACAGUGAGGAUGACAUUGACGAGAGUGUGGUGGAGGACAUGCGCAAACUGGAGGAGAACUUCAAGGGUAUCUCGCAGAGAUACAGACUCAUCAACCGCAUUGGCGAAGGUACAUUCUCGACCGUCUACAAAGCCGAACAACUCCCCCAGCCGGACGAGAUCGAUGGCCCUGACGAGAAUGUCGAACCUGCGGACGACUCCAACCCGGACAUGCCACCAUCCAAGAGACGGAAAACAAAUGCGGCGGUUGGCAUGGCUCGGAGGUCGCGACGCAAGCCGCAAAUGGUGGCUCUGAAGAAGAUCUACGUGACGUCCUCGCCGCAUCGCAUCCUGAAUGAACUGGAACUCCUACACGAGUUACGCGACUCGCCAUACAUCUGUCCUCUGCUCACGGCAUUCCGACACCUCGACCAGGUUGUCGCCGUGUUGCCGUACUUCAGACACUUGGAUUUCCGCCUCUACUAUCGGGACUUUCUGGUCAACGACAUGCGCCAUUAUUUCAGAAGCCUUUUCAACGGUCUUUGGCAUGUGCACAAGGCCGGCAUUCUGCAUCGGGACAUCAAGCCGACGAACUUCCUCUACGACCAUUCCAGGAGAGAGGGUGUCUUGGUGGACUUUGGGCUCGCCGAACGGCAAGGUACCGACUGGCAGCCAUGUCUAUGCACCGAGGCAAAGGAGAGACGGCGAGAAAAGUUCCUCAAUUCGUUCGCGGUGCAGGUCCUGCAGACCCAGCCUGACCUGAUAUCUACGGGGUACCCAAAGUCAGACAGCCGACCUUCACGAAGGGCGAAUCGAGCAGGCACGCGUGGGUUUCGCGCACCAGAAGUCCUACUCAAGUGCACGUCACAAACGACGAAGAUCGACAUCUGGUCGGCCGGUGUCAUCCUUCUCACGCUCCUGGCCAGGCGAUUCCCCUUCUUCAACAGCGCCGACGACGUCGACGCCAUGAUCGAGAUGGCCUCGAUCUUCGGCAGAAAGAAGAUGCAGGCGGUAGCCGCCAUGCACGGCCAACUAUUCGAGACGAACAUAGAAACCAUCGGCGAGCGUGGAUUUACCCUGGACAAGAUCAUCAUCUGGGCCAGCUGUCGUGAGAAGGACCACGAGUCUCUGCGCGCAGGCGAGGCUCAAGCGGUGUCGUUCCUCCAAGGUCUUCUCGAACUCGAUGCCAACAAACGGUUGUCGGCCAAGGAAGCAUUACAGCAUGAAUUCUUCACCGCACCCGUUGAAGACGAGGAAGAACGUGCCGAGCGAGAAGCCCAAGAAGCACUCGAGGAAGCGGAGGGGACGAGACGGUAUUGA